AUGGGCGAAGACAUGUGGAGACUUUGGUUCACGAAAUUGUUAAUGUUGGCGGUGGUAUUGUUCUUCGUUGUUGUGGAAACACAAUCUGAGGAUAAUGGAUCGUUAACAGAAGUCAGACCAGAUAGGAUAGAGAGAGAUCUGCAAGGUGUAACCACGGUCCUCCUAGUCUCGGCACGACCCGGCAAAUCUAUUCCUCCGGUCGGUUUGUUAACGAAAACCGCGCGAACUUUCGUCCAAGAUGGCGCCAGUACGGAAUUCGCCACUCAGAUACUCGGUACCACAUUGGAUAAUGGUCGUGUAUAUGCCAAAAUAUUGGCCACAUCUAGUAGGGUAUUCUAUGAUAAAGAAUCUACGCCAGAUUCUCCUACGCCAUAUGUAGUUUAUCCUUCGAGAACUAUCGAUGAUUGGCAACUCAAGAUGGCCCUUGAUAACGCACCCAUUAAAGCUUUAAAGGAUAUCGAACAUUCUGGGUUAGAAGAAGAUUCUGAUAGUCAGAGUGGGGAAAAGUCUUCGAUGAAGUUGGAUGAAUUAUCUAGAGAGAAUGAUAUAUUUAGUAGGAGAGAAAUGGGAUCAGAUUCACAAAGAUUUAAACCUGCAAAGAUCAGACCUGCUGACAAUCUUCCGACUUAUACAGUGACGCACGAAUACGUAACCAAUAAUUUCGAUAAUCUCGAAGAGGAUCAGCCAAAAAAUUUUAGACCCAGAUUACCCAAAAUUUUCAAGCCUCAAGCCAAAGCUCCCGUGCAGAGGAAAUUGGACUUAAAACCUCUAGCAACCGUAACGUAUCAUGGAUUUGCCGAGUUCACCACUACCGUUGGUGAAACGGUUAUAGUUUUCUCACCAAGUACGUCACCAGCGCCUAUUGGUCGUCCAGCUACUACAAUUAAAGGUGAUGCGACUUUAAGACCUGACGAUGGAAUUGCGAUUGUAAAGAUCAGACCUACUAGCGUAAUUAUUGGCCAAGAAAAGACUAAACAACAUUCUGGACGUACGUCUGACACGCAUAGUGAAACGGGUGAUCCUCUAUUGGAUGCUAUCAAUAGAGCCAAUAUUCAACCUAGUGUUACAGAAGAAUUCGAAGAAUCUUCAACGACGUCCACGGAACCUCUUCUUCUGAUACCAGAUAUUGAAACUGAUUCAGUGAAGCCAACAGGACUUUUGAAAGUCUUAGAUUCUACUACUUCUCAGGAUGGUACCACUACUCAUUACAAGAGUCUGAUCUACGGUACUUAUAUUGGUACGAAUUACGCUCAAAUUAUCCAUACCUCAUCGAAUGUAUACUUUUUCCCUGAUGAAACCACUGCUAUUUAUGAUACCGAGGAUACUAUUAUGGAUUAUGGAACAACUGCUACUGAAUCUGAUGAAGAACAAGACACCACAUUGCAAAUGACAACAGGCACCACGCCGAGAAUAAUCACUACUAGUGAGGAAGUUCCACCAGAGAUGAAUGAAUUGACUACUCCAUUCAAAGAUACCACUGAUUCUGCAUUAACAACAUUGAAAGAUAUUCUGGAGAGCGCACGAAGAGUAGUGCUUGGUACCACAGAAUCGAUUGCUCCAAUCUUAGAUGAUGAGAUCCUUAAUGAUAUAGUUCCUGGAGAUCCUCAGGGUCGUAGUAUCAAAGGUGGUAGCUCGAAGAACAAUCUUGAACAGGAUCACAAAGGACACGGGUUCAUUGAACAAGAAGAAAAAAUCUCUUUAGCUACCAGACUCCUUCCUUCCACAAUGUACAAAACAUUUACCUAUUACACCACUUUUUUCAUUCCUAAUGGCGAUCAGACUACGACUUCUAUUCGUUCCAGAGAAGUUGUGUCUUCAGAUAUUACUUAUUUGACGGAGCUUAUUCUACCAAGUGAAACAAUAUCUUCCAUUGUUCCUACGGCCGUUACUGAACCUAUAUUGACUAAAACCACUCCUGAUAGUCAAGCAAUUGAAGAGGAACAGACCACUAAACAGGACGAAGAGAUAGAAUUGAUCUUUAAGACUCUAUAUACCACGUAUACGUAUUUAACUACCUUCUUCCAGGAAAGUACUUCCAGCAUCUCCAGUCGUGAAGUCAUAGAAACGAAUGUGAUCACUCAGACUGUUGGUCCAAAUGGAGUGUCUGCGGUAGUUGCAGGAUUGUUUGAGAAAGAUGAAUCUACCUUAAUAUUGCCAACGAAAAUUUCGGACAGUGUUUUGUCUUCAACGACUCUUGAACGUGAGGAAGAGACUGAAAGAUAUCCAACAACUUUAGAACAAACAACAGAGGAUACUCUUACAACAUUGCAAGAACAAGAUAUCAUUACUGAUCAGAAUAUUCCAACAGAAUCGGGAAUAAUUAUUGAAAAAGAAGAAGUUGAAGAUACAAAACAAACAAUUCCUGAAAUCGAACCCAGUCCAACUCCAAUUUUACCGACUGAAGAAAUGAGGAAACAGAUCAAGACUUAUUACACAACAUACACGUAUUAUACUACAAUAUUUGUUGACGACGAAACAGAAGUAGAAACAAGAACAGAAAUAUUCACCAAUGUAGUAACAGAAACUAUUCAGCCAACCGCUGUAAUACCACUUGUCCAAGAAACUGAGAAACCAUCAACAGAGGAGCCAAUCAAAAAACCUCCUCCUGAAAUCUUGGCAUAUUUGGAAGCUAUUCAAAGGCAAAAAUCACAAGAAGAAGCGUUUCUUCUUGCCAAAAAAGUUCAACAACACGGGACCACUAAUAACGAAGAGAGUACGAUUGUAUCUGAGGCUAAAGCAGAGACUACAACAGAAUAUCCAAGUACUUUUGAAGAACAACCAAUUACAGAAAAUUUAUUUCGAGGUUUCGAAGUAAAUGCACAAGUGACACCAAAUCCACCAGUCGAAGGAGAAGUUUUAGGAUCUAUGAUUACUGACGUGGUAUCAUCUUCCAGUUCUGGAGGAGGUACAGUAUUAGACGUGAUGGAUAAGAGAAACGCGGUUCCCGAGGAUCAAGAACUCUCAGAAUCGAAUCAUCAUGAGGUAGAGCCAGUACCGACACUUUUGCUUCAGACGAGUUACACUACCUUCACUUAUUUCACAACAAUGUACAAAGGUGAUGAAUCAAAUGUGGUGAGUCGAUUAGAAACCGUUACCAAUGUGGUAACUGAAACUAUCAGGCCAACAGCAGUAGUACCCAUGGAGACGAGUACUUUACCAGUUACAUACUUCACGACAUUCACUUAUUGGACAACGUUCUACAAAGAUGGCGAUACUAUUACUACUAGUCGUGAAGAAACUGUCAGCAAUGUUAUUACUCCAGGAGUGUCACCUACUCCUACUGUGGAAUUAGGUGUAAUCAUAACUUAUACACCAACGAUGUUGUACAUUGAGGAUAGUAGUGAUAGUCUAAUCAACGAAAAUGAAUCCAAAAUCACUGCUGAUAACGAAGUGACACCUUCAGCUGCUAUUUCUAUUGAAAAUUCCAAGAAGGAAAAAUUAGACACUACAACUUCUAAAAACAUUAUUUCGCCAUCUUUCGAAAAUACUGUAGAAUCCACAACGAUUUCACCUGAACCUACCACAUAUUAUACUACUUAUACUUAUUACACAACCUCGUAUAUUGGCAACGAAACGAUUAUGAACAGCAGACUGGAGACUGUCACAAGUGUCUCCAUACCUGAAGUUAUUGUCACUCAACAACAGGCAACCGGCAGGGCAAUUGAUAGACCAGUAUUCAAACAAACUAUAGCAACUGAAGAGAAAUCGAUUACACUCUCAAAAACUAGCGAACUUCCAAAGAUUGGAUUAAUCUCAACGAUCAGAUCUAGCCAAGUUAACGAUGGUACUACCACUCAUUAUAUGACGGACAUUCAUGGCACAUAUAUCGAUGGAUUAUACGCUCAAAUUGUGGAAAGUUCAACAAAAAUAGAGACACCACCUUUACCAUCAUCUGUAACCACUCCAGUCUUGCUAACAGGUAUUUUAUCAAUGAAUAAAGGUACCGUGAUAGAUGCUGAUGAAAUCACUACGAUUUACUUUACCACGAAACAAAUUGGAACAUUAUUAGAUGGUCUGUAUGCAAAAGUCAUCGAAAGUACUUCGAGUACAAAAAUAAACGAGGAGAGAAAAGCAACUAUUUUACCUACUCAUGGUCACAGAACUGGUUUAGUAAGGUUAAUUCAAGGACAAAUCGAAAAUAAUGGAACUACCACAUUCUAUCAAUCAAAAGUGAUUGGAACCAGUAUUGAGGGUAGAUACGCUCAGAUCAUAGAGAGUACUUCUAGCUUCUUUUCUGCCACUCCAACAGAAAAUAUUUUACCUACUUCGACCUUACCACCUACCAAGCCUACUGAGAUCCCGGAGAUCUCACCUUCGCCUGCAGUGAUUCAAUCGUCUCUAUCAGAAGAACAUACAACAGAAUCUCCAGAUCAAGACGAAGAUUCAGAACAGAACGAGGAAAGUGAAGAAGAAGAUGAAGAAGGGGAAGAUGGACAGAGUUCUAAGAAAAAGUCCAGAUUGACCUUUUCUACUAGAAAAAGAACGUUCACUCCGGUAAUCAGACCAUUUGCAUCUAGAAACAGACCUACGUUUAAUCCGAAACGGAAAGGUGCUCAAGGUGCAACAACUAUUACUAGAACAGACAUAACACCUACGAUAACCGCAACAUUAGCUGGAAAAGGAAAUAGAUUCGCUUCAUCUAGAGGUCGAGUUAGUUCUCCGAUAGGUCCAUAUUCCUCUACUUUGUCUCCAUCUGGUUCCAGAAGAUUUGCUGGAAGAAGAGGUUCUCCAAACACAGCCAGUUCAUACUCUUCGACCAUAAGCGGAAGUACUAGAGGUAGGCCUCAGUCCAGAAUAUCUCCAUCCUCGGUCUUUCAAGGUAAUAGACGAGGAUCGACAUCCAUUAGAGGAUCAUCUGCUAGACCUGCAUCUCGUGGUUCGAGUUCUGCUUUUCCUGGAGCUUCCACCAGAUAUAGGUCACCGAUUAGACCGUCAUCUACUUUAUUAAGAGGUCAAUCAACGGUUAAACAUGAUGAUCAAGAGAACGAUGCUAACGAAUUCACAACGACUACUUUGAUUACUGAGGAAACUCCUUAUACCGAUGAUGCGGAAGAUGGUGAAACUGUGACAACGCCUCUGCAGACGACUACAGAAUCAUCGAGAAAAUCCACAAAUCCCUUACUAAGAUUCCGUAGGCCAAUUGCUUUGAAUAAUUCUGGAAGAACUGGUACAACGCCUAAACCACCAACGACUACAAGAAGAAACGGAAAUUUGAAUAGACCAACUUCACCGACUAUUCCUAAAGUGACUAAUACUAGAACCAAUGGAAGAAACACUCCAAUAUCGACGAGAUCAAGGCAAAGUAAUACUGGAUUGUUUCCGCCUCGAGGCCUAUUUGGAAAAAAACAGGAAUUACCCGAGGAACAGAUAGAGCCUAAUGAGGAUUUGGAAACUGAAGGGGAAGAGAAUUUCGAAGAUGAGCCUGUGGAGGAAAUAGUUGAUAAUGAUUACGAAGGUUCUGAACAUGAAGACAGGAUCAAUCGUCGUUCUGGAAAAUCCAUUAGACCCACUGUACAAAUCAGACCGUUCAUUAGACGAAGAAUACGUCGACAGGCAAGUCAAUUAAGAUCAUUGACUAAUAGAUUUAGAAGGCCGACUCAGUCAAGUUUGAAGUCUGAAGAAAAAUCAGACGUGAGCGAGAACGUAUCCAGCAAAGAAGAAAUUUCAAAAUCUAAUUCCAAGCCUAUUGCUCGUUACAAUAAUCGUGGAAGAUCUCUAACAAUAUCCAGGUCUCCAACGAAGUCAUCCAACAAUCCUGAGAAAACAUCAGCAGAUUCUGCAGAAUUGAAUCAGAACAAGGCUAGAAAUAGAUCGAAACAGGGGAGUAACGGUGAAAGAAGCGCUUCCUCCAGGAUAAAACCGACAUCAACUUCUAGUAAUGGUAGACAGUUUACACUAAGAGAGAAAGACGGAACUUCUUCUAGCAGAUCGAAUUACAAAAGACCCAAUUCAUCUAUGUCUAGAUCGAAUGGAAGAUCCAACAACAAUAAUGUAAGGUCUCCACGAUUGCGAAAUGGUUCGAAUAAAUCCUCAGAAUCAACUAGUACGAGACGCGUACCUCCUUCUAGUCGCAGUUCUUCGAGAACUCCCAAUAGAAACAGUAAUAGAAGAGGUUCUUCCAGUAGAACAAGAGGAUCUCUGGAGGAUAUCAGAGAAGCUCCCACCGUGUAUCCAGACUUUGACGGUACCAUUACGGUCACCCAUUACGUGCCCACUGAAGUCACAAUCCCCGUGGUCAACAAUGGUAUUACAGAGCACAGGAAUAUCAUUACCGCGCAACCUAGUACCGAAGUCCUAAGUCCAUCUCAAUACAGUACAGUGACAGGUGGAGACGGCAAACCAUUAAUGGUGAUUGUUAGUGAGAUAACCGGUACAAAUCCUCAAGGUCAGACCGAGAUAACCCGAUUUUUGCUUCACGAGACGCCGACCACUCGUGUCUCCUACACGUUGACCACCCUAGGUGGUCGAAGGGCCUCACAAUCAGUAAUUGUGCCCUCGACUGUCUAUUCCGUAGAAAAUGUGGUAUCCACGGUACAACCUACUCUCCCUGGAAAUGCUCCUCUAGCAAACAUUCUUCUAUCGCAAUUACUUCUCGGUCAGUUAGGCCAGGCGAAUCCCUUACUUCAACCCCAAGGUACACCAUCCACACAAUACAAUACUCGUACUACCUCGUAUGUGACUACCAUUACCAAACAACAGAGUACUGUGAUCCCGCUCACUUUUCGUGGCAAGGAAAUCCUUACGACUCUGGUGGACACUUCGACGGACAUAGUGACCGCGACAGAAUUCAUCACAGACACGGUAGUGGUCACACCUACGGCGGCUUUACCAGCUGCGAAUUUGAACUCGUUGUUAUUGUUGCUCCAGCAGCCCCAGCCCCAGAAAACAAAUCCUCUAUUGGACCCUCUGUUCGCUGCCCCUCCAUUCACCCAGAGCAACACUUUGCCCGGUGAAGUCGAGAGAAGGCAUCAGCCAGCUGAUUCAGAUUACAAACACGAUAGCUAUGAAUAUUCUGACGAGGAGGAAGAUGUUCAAGAGUAUCAAAAGUCGUCCAGAACGAGGAAUAGCCGGGGCAAAUCGAACGAUAGAAAAGAGGAUAGCGCACCUAGAGAAGAGUCCAGUGUGGUAACGUUGUACGUAUCCGGUAGAAGGCCAGGGGAGUUCAGCACUGUUUUGAGCACCGUGAAAGUGACCGACACAGCCAGCUCAUCCCGAAAACGACGAAAUAUCAGCAAUGAUUUGAUCGUUGAAGUACGACCAUCUAUCCCGCCCUCGUUGCACGAAGGAUUGGAGGAGAUCACCGUCCUGGCGGGAAGCGAGGACUCGCUGGACACACACGCGCCGACACAAAGUCUCGAGAGCGUAGUGGGUGACGUCGGACGGCACAUUUCCACGUCUAUCCACACCUAA